AUGAACACUUCGAUGAGUGAAAUUGACGUUUUGAUUCAGAACAUGCGCAAGAGGGAGCCACGAAAAAAGGUGGACUUUAGGGAGGAUAUAACGAAUCGACAUUCAAAGACCGUUACGUCGAUGAAUCAUGUUGAGCCUCAACGUCGCCCCAUUGAAACGCAAAGCGCAAGUGCUCCACGACAUAUACCAAGGGACUUUGACACAAGAAGUGCAAGUGCCCCGAAGCGAAUUCUCCAAGAAACGAAUGAUUUGAACAUUUUGCAUCGGAAAAUUGUCGAAGAUAAGCCGAUUGUGCAGACAACUAAAUUAUCAAGAGAUCCAUCUCUGGCAUCAACUUAUUCAACUACGACUGAAACAAGCACGACGAAGCACGCGUUGAACAUUAAGCCGAGCACUUUACAAUUUGGAUUCGUGGAAGUUAACACGGCUGUCACUUUGAGAGUUACCAUCAGAAACACUUCCAAGGAAAGCAUUGAAAUCGAUCCAAGUCUGAAAAGGAACACACCUGAAUUCAAGUUGAGCAGUGUGAAACGCAUUCUGCAUGCUGGUGAAACGUAUGAUUUGGAAGUCACUUUCAAUCCCGUGGGAAAAGAUGGCCAAAUGGGAAAUCGUUCGGUUUUCUACGAUUCUAUCCUUAUCAAAACCCCACGAUCAAUUGAUUCAUUUAAAAUUCCCGUGCAUGCUUGUGCAAAAGUGGCUCAGCUGGCUAUCUUUGCUGGACAAACGCCACUGAAUAUGCGAAAGAAUGGGGAUUUCAUCCUUAAAGUUGCCAAUUUGGAGCAAUUCUCGCUUACACUACAAGCAACUCAAAGAGCCGCUUUUGCUGUCAUUGAUGUCAUUGAUGUAUUGGAAAAUCCUCUUGAAUGCCAGGUCAAUCCAUCAAAGAGGAUAUUGUUGCAGAAAAAUCAGAGACAAAAUGUUCAUGUGAUGAUAAAUGAUACGAUUCGAGCUACUUCAUCACUUUCAAACUCGAGAAGUUCCAUCAAUACGUGUUCAAAUGGGCCGGCUUUCUUUGUGCGAAUUGUUUGGGCGGAAUUGAUUUCGCUGCAACGAGCAAUAAUUUAUGCUAGAAAAAAGAGCAAAACCAUUGUUCUUGAGGGCAGCAUUGGAAAUAUUCAAGAAGAGUUCUUUGGAAAGGCGACUCCAUAUGAAGCGCCAAUUGAAUGGCCAAUUUCAAGCUGCGAUGUUGAACUACUGAAGCGUUCACUUAGGUCAACAAAGAUCUUUGUUAGCACUGAUAGAAUUGUUGCUCAGACAGAGUCAGUCAUCGAUCUCACCAUUGAUCAGACGGCUCGACCACGGGAUUUUGAUGAAACUUUCAACUCGACAUUUGUGAGAACGAUAAUUCCUGACCCAGAUGCCACGCUAACACCAAAGGAUGGAUUUACCACUCGGCUCUUCAAA